AUGAAGAGCCUGCUCCUCGCCGUCCUGCUGCUGGGGCUGGUGGCUGUCCUGAAGGCUCAGGAAGGCCCAUCAGAUGACCAGGAGGAUUACUCUGGGACCUGGUACCCAAAGGCCAUGGUGCACAAUGGGAGCCUACCCCACCACAAGAUACCUGGUAGGGUCUUCCCUGUGAGAAUAAUAGCCAUGGAAGAAGGAGACUUGGAGGCCACAGUUACAAUGUGGAAGAAGGGUCAUUGCCAUGAGUUCAAAUUCGUGAUGAAGAAAACGGAAGAGCCUGGCAAAUACACCACCUUUCAUGGCAAGAAGGUUGUUCAUGUUGAAAAGACAGCGGUGAAGGACCACUACAUUUUCUACUGCGAAGGCCGGCACGAUAGGAAGUCGUUCGGGAUGGGAAAGCUCAUGGGGAGAAGCCCUGAGGAAAACCAAGAGGCCAUGGAAGAAUUUGAGAAAUUCAUACAGCGUAUGGGACUCCGACGGGAAAACAUGUUUGUGCCAGAGAUCAGAGAUGAGUGCGUUGAUGAAAGUGACUAA